AUGAGGGAGAGUGAGGGUGAGCUCCUCCUGCCUCCCCCGCUGUCCGCUGGGGGGCUACCAGACGUCCUCACCCCCUCCCAGAGAAGCAGCAGCAUCCACAGCCUCCACCCGUCUCCCCCUUCUCCCACCCACAUGCCCCGGGACUACAGCGCGGUGCAGGGCAGACACGGCAGCGCCAUCUCUGGGCACGCUCCAGAAGCACUCGCACUAAUCUGGAGCAGUCUUCCCAAAAACAAUAUCACACAGAUCCUGGUCCUUCUCAGAUCUGGGACCAGCGGGACCAGAGGCUGUGUUUGUGUCCCCCCUGGCUCCAGCGGGACCAGAGGCUGUGUUUGUGUCCCCCCUGGCUCCAGCGGGACCAGAGGCUGUGUUUGUGUCCCCCCUGGCUCCAGCGGGACCAGAGGCUGUGUUUGUGUCCCCCCUGGCUCCAGCGGGACCAGAGGCUGUGUUUGUGUCCCUCCUGGCUCCAGCGGGACCAGAGGCUGUGUUUGUGUCCCCCCUGGCUCCAGAGUCUAG